ACCCCCACUGCUCCGGCUCUCUCUCUCUCUCCAUAAAUAGAUAGAGGAAGAGGAGAGAGAAGAAGGCCACCGCCACCGUCACCGCCACCGACAUCGCCUCGUAACCCGACCCGACCAGCCCCCAUUCCCCGAACCCCGCGCCGGGGAGCCAGCCGCGUGCAUUCCCCGAUCCCCACUGCCCCGCCCCGCCGCGCCACCGGACCAGGGGAAGGAGGAUAUGUCGUCGUCGUCUCCCUCUCCGGCGGCGGCGGCCGCGCGCCUGGAUCUGGACGGCAACCCCAUCGCGCCCCUCACCAUCUGCAUGAUUGGCGCCGGCGGCUUCAUCGGGUCCCACCUCUGCGAGAAGCUCAUGGCCGAGACGCGCCACGUCGUCCUCGCCGUCGACGUCUACUGCGACAAGAUCCGCCACCUCGUCGACCCCGCGCCGCCGCACCUCGCCGGCCGCAUCUCUUUCCACCGCCUCAACAUCAAGAACGACUCCAGGCUCGAGGGCCUCAUCAAGAUGGCCGAUCUGACCAUCAACCUGGCGGCCAUCUGCACGCCGGCGGACUACAACACGCGCCCCCUCGACACCAUCUACAGCAACUUCAUCGACGCACUCCCAGUGGUCAAAUACUGCUCCGAGAACAGCAAGCGUCUCAUCCACUUCUCCACCUGCGAGGUCUAUGGCAAGACCAUCGGCAGCUUCCUCCCCAAAGACCACCCGCUCCGCAAGGAACCUGAAUUUUAUGUUCUGAAAGAAGAUGAGUCACCCUGUAUUUUUGGUCCAAUUGUGAAACAACGAUGGUCCUAUGCAUGCGCAAAGCAACUUAUUGAGAGGCUUAUAUUUGCUGAAGGCGCAGAAAAUGGCCUUGAAUUCACGAUUGUGAGACCUUUCAAUUGGAUUGGCCCAAGAAUGGACUUCAUUCCUGGUGUUGAUGGUCCUAGUGAGGGUGUACCCCGGGUUUUGGCUUGCUUCAGUAACAAUCUGCUCCGCCGAGAGCCCUUGAAGCUUGUUGAUGGGGGCCAGUCUCAGAGAACUUUUGUUUACAUUAAGGAUGCCAUCGAAGCUGUUGUGCUAAUGAUUGAAAAUCCUGCUCGAGCCAAUGGUCACAUCUUCAAUGUUGGGAAUCCUGACAAUGAGGUUACUGUUAGGGAGUUGGCCCAAAUGAUGACAGAGGUCUAUGCAAACGUCUCAGGAGAGGCACCACUGGAUGAGCCCAUGAUUGAUGUAAGUUCGAGUCAGUUCUAUGGUGAAGGAUAUGAUGACAGUGAUAAGAGAAUUCCCGACAUGACUAUAAUCAACAAGCAGCUAGGUUGGAACCCAAAGACUCCUCUCAAGGAUCUGCUGGAGACAACGUUGACAUAUCAGCACAAGACAUACAAAGAAGCUGUGAAGAGGCAAAUGUCGCAGGCUUCAUCAACGAGUUAGAUGGCAUGUCACCGGACCUCAAGGUGGUGGUGGCUGGGACGGCUCUCGUUUCGAGCCCUAGUCGCAGCUGUUAUGAUGUUUCGGAAGUCAGAAUACAUAUACGCUAGUAAUCGUUUUGAGGCCCUAGAUGUCCAUGUUGUUAGAUUCCAUGCUGCUACCAAGGGAUGUUAUCCGUAUGUGAUAUGUGUGGGUUGGGCCAUCCUUUGUACUUGUGUUGGUUGCUCCUCCUGCUGUGUGAAGUCAUUCUUUGGAAUCAUUUCAUUGGCGAGAGCUGUUAUUGUCCGUUGAGUAUACUGCUGCUGAUGCUACUACUAGGACCUUUUUUGUUGGUUCAUAUUCUGCCAAUUCACUACGUGUCAUUGAUGCUGCCAAA